UUGAAUGCGGAGGCAGCUUGUGAGGUUUUGUGUGGUCUCGUCGCAAGCACAGCCUGGCCUACAGGCAAGCAACCAUGUCUAAGGGACCUGCAGUUGGUAUUGAUCUUGGCACCACCUACUCCUGUGUGGGUGUCUUCCAGCAUGGAAAGGUGGAGAUAAUUGCCAAUGACCAGGGUAACCGAACCACGCCAAGCUAUGUUGCUUUUACUGACACAGAACGAUUAAUUGGGGAUGCCGCGAAGAAUCAGGUUGCAAUGAACCCCACCAACACAGUUUUUGAUGCCAAACGUCUGAUCGGACGUAGGUUUGAUGAUGCUGUUGUUCAGUCUGAUAUGAAGCACUGGCCCUUCAUGGUGGUGAACGAUGCAGGCAGGCCCAAGGUCCAAGUAGAAUACAAAGGAGAGGCAAAAAGUUUCUACCCAGAGGAGGUGUCCUCUAUGGUUCUGACCAAGAUGAAGGAAAUUGCAGAAGCCUAUCUCGGGAAGACUGUUACCAAUGCUGUGGUCACAGUGCCGGCCUACUUCAAUGAUUCUCAGCGACAGGCUACAAAAGAUGCUGGAACUAUUGUUGGCCUCAAUGUCCUGCGAAUUAUCAAUGAACCAACUGCUGCUGCUAUUGCUUAUGGGCUAGAUAAGAAGGUUGGAGCUGAAAGGAAUGUGCUCAUUUUUGACUUGGGAGGUGGUACUUUUGAUGUGUCUAUCCUCACUAUUGAGGAUGAUUUUGAAGUCAAAUCAACAGCUGGAGACACCCACUUGGGUGGAGAAGACUUUGAUAACAGAAUGGUCAACCAUUUCAUUGCUGAGUUUAAGCGAAAGCACAAGAAGGACAUCAGCGAGAACAAGAGAGCCGUCAGUCUAUCUGGAGACAAGUCUGAGAAUGUUCAGGAUUUGUUGCUCUUGGAUGUCACUCCUCUUUCCCUUGGCAUUGAAACUGCUGGUGGAGUCAUGACUGUCCUCAUCAAGCGCAAUACCACCAUCCCUACCAAGCAGACACAGACUUUCACUACCUAUUCCGACAAUCAGCCUGGUGUGCUCAUUCAGGUCUAUGAAGGCGAAAGGGCCAUGACCAAGGAUAACAACCUGCUUGGAAAGUUUGAACUUACAGGCAUCCCUCCAGCACCCCGUGGUGUUCCUCAGAUUGAAGUCACUUUUGACAUUGAUGCCAAUGGCAUCCUCAAUGUCUCUGCUGUAGAUAAGAGCACAGGCAAGGAGAACAAGAUCACUAUCACCAACGACAAGGGCCUCUUGAGCAAGGAGGAUAUUGAACGCAUGGUCCAGGAAGCUGAGAAGUACAAAGCUGAAGAUGAGAAGCAGAGAGAUAAGGUUUCCUCCAAGAAUUCACUGGAGUCCUAUGCUUUCAACAUGAAAGCAACAAUUGAAGAUGAGAAACUUCAAGGCAGGAUCAAUGAUGAGGACAAACAGAAGAUUCUAGACAAGUGUAAUGAAAUCAUCAGUUGGCUGGGUAAGAAUCAGACUGCAGAGAAGGAAGAAUUUGAACACCAGCAGAAAGAACUGGAGAAAGUCUGCAACCCCAUCAUUACCAAGCUGUACCAGAGUGCUGGUGGCAUGCCUGGAGGAAUGCCCGGGGGCUUCCCUGGUGGUGGAGCUCCUCCAUCUGGUGGUGCUUCUUCAGGGCCUACCAUUGAAGAGGUGGAUUAAGUCAGUCCAAGUAGAGGUGUAGCAUUGUUCCACAGGGAAACAUUUGAAGGACCCAAAUUUGCAAAGUUUCAUGGCAGUUUUUAAAUUUAAACUGUUAACAAUAAAUUACUGGGCAUUCUCAAUACUUGAACAUGGAACAUGUACACAGAGGAAAUAAAACAUUGCACUUUAUAAGCAUUGUAUCCUAAGUGGAAAAUGCAAUGUCUAAUAUGGUGGAAAAUGGAAUGUCUAAAUAAAACUAUUUAAAUUGGCAAAAAA